ACUGAGCUCGGAAACUCAUCAGUCAUUAUUGAUGAUCAGUUGACCUGAUCAGAGGACCCCCUCUUGCGGCGAGAGAGGGCGAAAUCACCCAUAUUUCAAGCAUUGCAACCCGUCCAAGACCUCCUACUAUGGUCUAGUGAAUCAUCCAUAUCUCACUCACUACACUGAGCACAAUUACUACCUGCCUUCAAAGAUUGAAAAUGACUUACCCAAAGACCCCUGCCUUCAUCACCCAAACCCACGGCUGGACCCAAGCCCGCGCCCACCCAGCCAUGGCCUGGAUGGAGAAAUGCACCCAGGCCUGGGACUCGCGCGAGAGCUGGGAGACCCCCUUUACCGACUGGGUGACCGAGGACUUUGUGUUUGUCAAGCCCAACGGCGAGCGGUGCACGGGCGGCGAGCCCGCGUGGGAGGCGAUGAAGCUCGACUACGCCGCGUUCAAGCUCUCCCACCACGAACCGAGCUGGGUGUGCGUCGUGGACCUGGUCGACGGGUGGGAGUUCAUCGGGGAGGGGAAGCUGUACAUCGAUCUGCCCAAGGAGGGCAAGGAGGACAAGACGGUGCGGGAUCUGGACGGCCGCGUGUGGGAUUUGGGGAUAGAGAGCAUGUUUCGAUUUCGGUUUGUGCGGGCCGACACCGAGAAGAAUGGCGGGGUGCGGAUCAGCCGGUUCCAGUUCUAUAGUGACAGUGGGCCGGUGUUGGCGGAGAUGAUGCGCAGGGAGAUUGUGCGACCGCAGGAUCUGAUGGGGUAAUUGCGUGUUUCUGUCUUGUACGUUAUUGUGGACUUACUGGGCCGAAUUGAGCUGCAUAUUGAAGACCAUCACGGAGUAUUUGCUGCGAAUCAUGACG